AUGGAGCCUGCGGAACUGGAGAAGAUCCUGAAGGAGCUGCUGCUACCUGACACCGAGCGCAUCCGCCGGGCUACGGAGCAGCUCCAGCUCGCCCUGAAGGACCCUAAUGCCUUGCCCGCGCUCUGCAACCUGUUGGCCUCAGCGACCGACCCUCAGAUCCGCCAAUUUGCAGCGGUCCUGACCCGCAGAAGGCUUAAUACCCGCUGGCGACGUUUGGCUCCUGAGCAGCGAGAGAGCCUCAAGUCUCUGGUCCUGACAGCCCUGCAGAAGGAGCCGGAGCAUUAUGUGAGUGUCAGCUUGGCCCAGCUCUCAGCCACCAUUUUUCGAAGGGAAGGCCUGGAAGGCUGGCCUCAGUUCAUGCACCUCCUGCAGCACAGUACCCACAGUUCCCACAGCCCUGAGAAAGAGGUGGGGCUUCUGCUACUGAGUGUGGUGGUGUCAUCCCAGCCUGAGGCGUUCCACCCCCACCAACGGGAGCUCCUUCAGCUUCUGGUCGAGACUCUGGGUGAAGUAGGCUUCCCUGGGGUGCUCUUCUACUCCCUGCGCACCCUGACUGCCUUGGCCCCCUACCUCAGGACUGAUGACGUGCCUCUGGCACGGAUGUUGGUGCCCAAACUCGUUAUGGCAGUGAGGACUCUAAUCCCCUUAGAUGAGGUAAAGGCCUGUGAGGCCCUGGAGGCCCUGGAUGAGCUGCUGGAGUCAGAGUUGCCUAUCAUCACUCCCCACCUCUCUGAGGUCCUCACGUUCUGUCUGGAGGUGGCUAAGAAUGUGGCCCUUGGUGAUGCAAUUCGUGUCCGUAUUCUCUGCUGCCUCACUUUCUUGGUUAAAGUCAAAAGUAAGGCCUUGCUGAAGAACCGCCUCCUGCCGCCCUUGCUGCACGCCCUGUUCCCUGUUAUGGCUGCUGAGCCGCCUAUGGGCCAACUGGAUCCUGAGGACCAAGAUUCUGACGAUGACGAGCUGGAGAUUGGGCUGAUGGGGGAGACUCCCAAGCACUUUGCUGUACAGGUUGUGGACAUGCUGGCACUGCACCUUCCCCCCGAGAAGCUCUGUCCCCAUGUGAUGCCCAUGCUGGAAGAAGCCUUGCGCAGUGAGGCCCCAUACCAGCGCAAAGCAGGCUUCCUGGUGCUGGCUGUGCUAUCUGAUGGUGCUGGUGACCAUAUCAGACAAAGACUGCUAUCCCCACUGCUGCAGAUCGUGUGCAAGGGCCUGGAUGACCCCUCACAGGUUGUGCGAAAUGCUGCUUUGUUUGCCCUGGGGCAGUUCUCAGAGAACCUACAGCCCCACAUCAGUAGCUAUUCUGAGGAGGUGAUGCCGCUGCUCCUUUCCUACCUGAAGGCAGUGCCCACGGGGAACACACACCACCUGGCCAAGGCCUGCUACGCCCUGGAGAACUUCGUGGAGAACCUCGGGCCCAAAGUGCAGCCCUACAUCCCAGAGCUUAUGGAGUGUAUGCUGCAGCCUCUGAGGAACCCCAGCAAACCCCGGACCAAGGAGCUAGCUGUGAGCGCCAUAGGGGCCAUCGCCACAGCUGCUCAAGACUCCUUGCUGCCCUACUUCCCCACUGUCAUGGAGCACAUCCGGGAAUUCCUGUUGACGGGCCAUGAGGACCUUCAGCUUGUGCAGAUCCAGAGCCUGGAGACGCUGGGGGUGCUGGCACGAGCUCUGGGAGACUCCAUGAAGCCCCUGGCUGAGGAGUGCUGUCAGCUGGGGCUGGGGUUGUGCAGCCAUAUUGAUGACCCUGACUUGCGGCGCUGCACGUACAGCCUGUUCGCAGCCUUGUCGGGGUUAAUGGGAGAGGGCCUGGCACCCUACCUGUCUCAGAUUACCACGCUCAUGCUGUUGUCACUGCGAUCCACCGAGGGCAUUGUGCCUCAGUAUGACGGCAUCAACUCCUUCCUUCUGUUUGACGAUGAGAGCGAAGAGGAAGAAGAGGAGGAGGAUCUCAUGGAUGAGGAUGUGGAAGACGAGGAAGACUCUGAGAUCUCGGGGUACAGCGUGGAGAACGCCUUCUUUGAUGAGAAAGAAGAUACCUGCACUGCCCUGGGGGAGAUCUCUGUGAACACCAGUGUGGCCUUCCUCCCAUACAUGGACACCGUCUUUGACGAGGUCUUCAAACUGCUGGAGUGUCCUCAUCUGAAUGUGCGGAAAGCAGCUCAUGAAGCUCUGGGACAGUUCUGCUGUGCGCUGCAGAAGGCCUGUCAGAGAAGCCCUUCAGACGCCAGCAGUGCUGCUCUGCAGCGUUCCUUGGCUCGGCUGCUGCCGUCUUACAUACAGGCUGUGAAAGUAGAAAGGGAACGGCCAGUGGUGAUGGCAGUGCUGGAGGCCCUGACAGAGGUGCUGCGCACCUGCGGGCCUCUCACGCUGCAGCCCCCUGGGCACCUCAAUGAUCUCUGCACCGUGCUCAAGACUGUGCUGCAGAAGAAGACAGCCUGUCAGAACACUGAGGAGGAUGAGGAUGAAGACGAUGACCAGGCAGAGUACGAUGCUAUGCUACUGGAGCACGCUGGAGAGGCCAUCCCUGCCCUGGCAGCCGCAGCCGGAGGCCACGCCUUCGCUCCAUUCUUUGCCAACUUCUUGCCAUUAUUGCUGUGUAAGAUGAAGCAGAGCUGCACAGUGGCAGAGAAGUCCUUUGCUGUGGGAACACUGGCAGAGUCCAUUCAGGCUCUGGGCUCUGCCUCAGCCCAGUUUGUGUCUCGGCUAGUCCCUGUGCUGUUAAACACUGCCCGGGAGGCAGACCCUGAGGUGCGGAGCAACGCCGUCUUUGGGCUGGGCGUCCUUGCAGAGCACGGGGGCAGCCCUGCUCAGGACCACUUCCCUAAGCUACUGGGCCUCCUCCUGCCCCUCCUGGCAAGGGAGCGACAUGAUCGGGUCCGUGAUAACAUCUGUGGGGCUCUUGCCCGCCUGCUGAUGGCCAGUCCAGCAAGAAAAGCAGAGCCCCAGGUGCUGGCUACCCUGCUACAUGCCCUGCCCCUGAAGGAGGACAUGGAGGAGUGGGUCACUAUAGGUCACCUCUUCAGCUUUCUGCACCAGAACAGCCCUGAACAGGUUGCAGAUGUGGCUCCGGAGCUCUUGCGCAUCUGCAGCCUGAUUCUGGCCGACAGCAGGAUCCCGCCAGACACCAAGACAGCACUGCUGCUGCUCCUGACAUUCCUGGCCGAACAGCACACCGACAGCUUCCAUGCAGCCCUGGGCUCGCUGCCUGCUGAUAAAGCUCAAGAACUUCAGGCCAUGCUGGGCCUCACUUAGACUGUAGGCUACAGCUGGGUCAGAGGGCCUGAAGACUACCUGUCAGCCCAGGUCCAGCUCACCUCACCAAAGACUCUGUCUAUUGGAAGCCAACCGUGCUUGCUGUCUUAACAGGGGUGUCUGGGGCUGGAUCUAUGACAAGCAGAGGUGUGACAUCAUACUGUAAUAAAGGCAGCUUGUUUUCUGCGUGGA